AUGUCUCUGGCUUCGCUGUUUGAGCCCACUGGGUUCGCAUCAUGGCAAGAUUCGGUAGUCUCACGCGAGUUGCUGCAUAAAGUUGCACAUCGUAGCGGGUUUGCUAUCUCACCUCUCCACGAGGACGCUUACCUGCUCGGUCUUCGGUCUUCGUACGCUGUCGCAAAACAGGUGGAAUUAUUGCCUGAUUACAUCGACCCGCGGUUAGAGAUAGUGCCCACGUUUGGAGGUCCACGCCAGUAUAGCAAGCCAGAACCGAACAGCAAUGGACUAUCUGCUUGGUGCCAUGUCUUUAGCCUCCGUGCCACAGUGCCGGAGACGCGACUGCUAGAGAACCGCUCUAUUGCUCUUAAAGACACGAUUGCCGUUGGCUGUAUCCCUCAGACCCUAGGCACGCUUCCUAGCUUCGUCUCAGGAAAGAGCGAGUAUCAGUGUUCCCAAAUCGAUGCAACUAUUGUUCGAAGGCUACUAUUGGCGGGAGCCACUUUAACAGGGACAACAACAUGCGAGAACUAUUCCUUCUCGCCUAUGUCGUACACCUCUAUGUCUGGACCGGUUCAUAAUCCUUGGCAACAAGGCUUUAACAGUGGCGGAAGCAGCAGUGGCUCUGCUGCCCUUGUGGCUCUUAAGGUCGCUCGCGCGGCUGGAGCGAAGAACCUAGAGGGCUCAGGGCCAGACGUUGAAUUGGCUAUUGGGGGCGACCAAGCGGGCUCGAUACGGGUGCCGGCCUCGUACUGCGGCAUCUACGGCCUCAAACCUACGUACGGCCUGGUGCCGUAUACUGGUAUCGCCGGAUUGCUUCCUAUGAUUGAUCACGCUGGACCCCUGGCAACCAACCUUGAGGAUAUUGCUCUAUUGUUGACCGUCCUCGCUGGUUAUGACGGCCUCGACGAACGUAUGAACCCAGAAAGCCCCUUGAGAGAUAAUGUAAAACAGUACCACGACGAGUUGGCGUCCUUUGCCACGCAAACAGCGCGGUCGAAACAUUGCUCUGCUCGCUCUGGGACCGUCGAGCCGCCACUCCGUGUAGGGUUGAUCAUCGAGGGAUUCCAGCUCCCUGGCAUGUCCGAAGAGGUUGCUGAGACUGUUCGAGCCGCAGCCAUGGAGCACUUUACUGCCCAGGGAGCUGAGGUAUCUGAAGUAUCUAUCCCUAUACACUCUCUCGGCGCUGCGAUCUGGACAGCUGCAGUGCGUAACCAAAUGGCUUCUCACGCCUUUGGUGGGCGUGCCACUGAUUCAUUAACGCACGAUUUGCCGCAUCUCACGCCCAUCUGGCCGCCUAACCAAGAGAUGUACGACGUUCUAUCCCGCCAUAACCCGGCUGUUAUCCUGACUAUGCUUGGCGAAACCAUGCUAGAGGAUGUCAUACCAUUGUCCGCCCAGAGGAAGGCUCAUCGCCACGUGUUAGAGCUUCGAGCUGCGUAUGAUGAUGCCCUUGGAAGAUUCGAUGUCCUUAUUACGCCGACGACGCCCACAGUUGCGCCACCGCUACCGGACAUAGAAGAUUCUUCUUCUGGAGCAGCUGACCCCACAUCUCCAAGUACCGUAGAGAAGAUGCUCAGACUAGCGGUCGGUUCAACAAACAACACCUCUCCAUUCAAUGCGUCGGGCCAUCCGGCCCUGUCGGUUCCCUGUGGUUGGGCUACGUCAACACAUGGUGGCUACAAAUUACCCGUAGGCAUGCAAAUUAUCGGUCGACGCUUCGAUGACUUAGGUGUCCUUAAAGCUGCUAAGUUGUUUGAUUUAGGGGGAGGGAAACUAGGGGUAAGACCAACUGGAGCUUGUACAUAA